CUGUGAGUGACUUUUUAUCCUAUUUUAAUGUUUAAUGCACUUUACAGUCAUGUAAUAACAGAAAAAGUGUAAAAUACUAUGAAAUUAACACAUUUUCUAUUUCAUUUUAGAAGAUUUGGUUGUUUAUUGUAUUAAUAUGUGAUUAAAUAAAAUGUUUUAAUAUUCAAAUAACAGCAAGAGAAAAUCUGUUGUGUAAAGUUACACCAGUUAAAAAUAGUUUUUACAUGAAACAUCUUGAGAAUGACCUAAUAAUAAUCUCAUUAAAUAUGCCUCUAACCCUUGCUUUAGCCACCUGAACUGGUCCCAGAUGGUAGUUUUAUACAGGUUUUGUCCUAAUUAUGGAAUCAGAAUCAGAGUCAUGUUUUAUUGCCAAGUAAGUGAGUCUCACGUCACAAGGAAUUUACUCCGACGGAAGGAUGCAAACAUAUAAGUGAAGCAUGUGAAAAAUAGGAUGAAUAAUAAACAUAAGAAUUUUUAGGGUAAAUUGGAAAUAAUAAUUAAUGAUUAUCCUUCAGGGCUUCAGCUUCUUUUAACGAAGGAGAUAAACUCUGAUGUUUUCUUUCUAACCUAUAUUGUGUUCUUGUCUGGUUCAGUGCUGAUGCUGAUGGAUGGUGAUGAAGCAGCAGGUAGGAUCACUGUCAGCAGGUAUAAAGUUAACUCCUUCUGGUACAUUAAAAUCCUGCUUUGUUUCUCCUCUAGUCUUCGUGUCGGUUUCUCCCAGACAACUCCAGUUCUUCAAAUACGAUCAUUUUUGUGUGAGCUGUGAGGGCGAGAAGGACAUGGAUGGAUGGAGAGUAAUACAGAGGAGGAGGGAUGGAAAGGUGUGCCCAGAGCCAGUCUCAUCGCUGAUUCUGAGCGGUUUUAUGGUCAGUGUGUUUGUAAUCUACAUUUCCCCUCAGGUGCACCAACACAUGACCCCGCUCUGCGUCUCCGCUGCCUUCCCAGAAACACACAGCGGCACGUACUGGUGUGAAACUGGACUAGGAGCCAACAGCAGCGAAAUCAUCAUCAAUAUAACAACCGGUUCUGUGAUCCUGGAGAGUCCGGCGGUUCCAGUGACAGAAGGAGACAGCGCGACUCUGAUCUGCAGAAGUAAAAGUCCUGGCAUGACAGAGUUCUACAAAAAUGACGUCCUUAUCAACAACGGCAUCGAAGGAAGCAUGACUCUCCUUGAUGUCUCUGUGUCCGACCAGGGGCGGUACAGGUGUAAGGUCCGCAGGUCGGGAGAGUCCCCAGAGAGCUGGCUGACCGUCAGAGCCCUUUCACCUCCUCACCAGGAGCAAUCGGCUCCUCUGCUGUCCGUCUUCACGCUGGUACGUCUCCUGAUAGUUGGAGCUCCUUACCUGCUGUCCACCAUCAUCCUGGGACUCAUCUACCAGGACAGGAGGAGCGAGCGGAGAGCGCUGCAGGCCAGCUGGGCCAGAGGAGCACGCCGCAAAGUCACCAUGCAGAUAAUUACUUAACAAAUAAUAUGUUACUUAUAUACACUUAAUGUUUUUGAUGUCUGGUUUAAAUAACAUAAUAAAUACUUUGACAUGUGCUGCCUUUGAACUGCAGCUGAACUCGUGUUUAUCACCAGGUCGUCGGUCCUUUGUUCUGUCUGUGGAGACGAAGACACAGGAAGUGUGGGGGUGUUAUGCAAGACCAGUCUGGAUUUUCAUGUUUGGUGUGAGUGGCUAAAGCCACCCAUCAAACACUUGGUCUGUUUUCCUAUGAGUCCAGAUGGUGGCGAUGCACCAAAAAUCUGUAAAAGCUGGCUUAAACAGCCAUUAUUUUGGGCUUUUACAUAACAAUGUUCCCACCACCACCAUCUUAACCGUGUUAUGCGGCUCCUCACUUCUGGAAAAUAAAAGAAAAGCGAGGCUGUGAGGGUGGGGGCAGAUGACUGACACCCAUCAAACUCUAAACUGCAUGUAGCUACGAGCUAACUGAGCUAACUGAAGCUAACAGAGAUUAGUGGGUGUUUUUAGCCAGAAGAAGAUCGUGGUUGAGUUACUCUGCUAUCGUCUGCCUUCUGGGCUGUAACAGUUUUAACGUGAGGCCGAGGCUGAGACCUUUCCUAGAUGAAGCAGGAGGCAAGCCGCUAGCGCCAAUUGCUCAUCUGUUACUUGUCAAUCAAAUGGACAUGCCCCUAAUUAUUCAUAAGCUUUAAGUGCUGGAAGGAUAUUCAUUUCUGCUGUGAAGUUGCAAUUUUUAACAUGGGAGUCAAUGAGAACUUGCUCCUUUCUGGAGCCAGCCCCUAGUGGAGGAGGGUGGAACUGCACGUGUGUCACUUCCGCAUUGGUUUCCACUUUGGGAAGUCAGAGAUUCCCCCUGUGACCCACUCAAUGAUUACAUAGUAAUGAGGGACAUCCUAAGGGUAAAAUCCAGUUCAGUUCUGCAGAUUAAGCUCUUCUUCAGGAACACCGGACAGGGAUCCUGUUUUAGUGAGAAAAUAAUAUUUAACAUAGUCAAAACCUCCAAAAAGUUCCUCAGAAAUGUUCUGAUUUGUCUAAUCAUCAUUAAGCUUUUUAGGCUGAACGAGGCAGGACGUGUUGCUUUUUGAGAUCUUUUAGCCUGCUUCAUCCAUUUAAGGGCUUUAUUAAGUCCACAGGUCUAGUAGCGAUCAGGUCUACGAGUGCUGGUAGCUAACUAUUUGCAGUGUUAAAUCUACAGGUUCCAGCAGCUUUAACUAAGUCGUCAUUCCCGUUUGGUUAAUCAAACAAUUAAAAAAUGAAUUUAGACACGAAUUAGCCAAACCUACCUACUCCGUUCAGUCUUGUUAAACCUUUUUUAAAACUGAAAAUUCUGUUUCUCUUGAGCACCUAAAUGCACCAUCAUUGUAAUAUCUGUCGUGAAAGAGGGAAGUGGUGAACCAGUUUUACGUGAAUUUGAAUCAAUGGUUUCUUGUUAUAGGUGAUGUUUACAGGCAGGUGAUAAAAGCAACAGUUCGUGUCUCCUUCCUCCCUUUCGGACAGCGGCAUGAAGAUCAGAGCAUUCACUCGCCUUCCUGUUUGACAGGAAACAUCGUUUACACUUCAGAGAAAAUCUACCCCAUGUUCUUUUAGCUCCUGGCUCUACAGAGGUGUGAAAACAGCUACAAACGGCAGACUAAAAAUAUUUAAAAAAACACAAUUACUAGAAGAGCUCGAAUUACAAGGGAGCUAAGGGGAGCCUGGCUCCUCGAGGGGGUGAUGGAGUCCCCCAGAAGCCCCCAACUGACAGAUGCAGGGGGAGCCUGAAAAAUGUUCCAGUUACUACAGGUGUAUCGAUCAAACCACACACCUCCCUGCUCCUGGGCGCCCCCAGAAGACCGUGUGCAAUUCAAACCCUCAUUACUCAGAGGUGUGGACUCGAGUCACAUGACUUUGACUCGAGUCAGACUUGAGUCAUUAUUUCAAUGACUUCUGACUUGACUUGAUAAAAUCUAUAAAGACUUACGACUUGACUCUGACUUGAACGCCAAUGACUUGCAACUUGAAUCAACUUGCAUCUGUUGACUUGAUGAUGACUUGAGCAUAUUUGAUAUUUUAGCGCAAAAGUGGCCCGACAUGGACAAAAAUCAUGAAUCAUUCUUCGUUCUGGGUUUGAUCUUGUUCUGUUAAAUGCAGCAGCACUUUGUUUAUAAUCAGUUUCAGUGGCACUUUCUGCUUGUUUGAGCAAAUAAAUGAAGCUUUAUGAAGCUUUAUUUCUGCGAUUUAUUUAUUAUCAUUGUCAUUAAAUGGAAGUUGGACAGAUGACUUGAUAAUGACUUGAAAAUUCAAAGGACUUGGACUUGACUUGGACUUGGUUGUCAUUGACAUGGACUUGACUGGAAAGACUUGUGACUUACUUGCGACUUGCAAAGCAGUGACUUGGUCACACCUCUGUCAUAGUACAAAUUAACAAACAUGAAGCAGGGAACCAGGAACAGACAGACUUACUAUAAUUUAAAUGCUGACUCAGCAUUUUUUCAUCAGACUAAUAUGAUUUAAUGACUCGUCUUUUUAAAGUCAAAAUCAUGACUUUCAAACUGAAACACGUAUCAUGUGAUCUUUUAUUUUAGUAGGACAAAUGA